AUGACAUCACCAGACCCCGACCAACAACAGCCCGCGGCCAUCAACUACGUCGCGGGAUUCCUCCUCGUCGGCCUCGCGUGGGGCUUCACCACCCCCUUCAUCCGCCGCGCCGCCAAAGACCACCACCCGGCGCCGCACCCGAUCCUCGAGAGCGACGCCGUGAAAGCCAGCUGGCUCCGCAGCCGCCUCUACGGCGCCUUCUUCGGCGUCCUCGACCUGCUACGAAACCCGCGCUACGCUGCCCCGCUGCUGAUCAACCUCACCGGCAGCGUGUGGUUCUUCCUGCUCAUCGGACAGGCUGUGUGA